CCUAAUCAAGAUAAUUUCAUGCGGAAGGAAAGAGAAAUUAUUUUCUAAAAUUCAGUAUGGAAACUAGUAGAGCUCCUUUGAAAGCGAUGGGCUUUUCUGCCAAAGUGGUAUAUCAUUCAGUCUUUUAUACGACAUUUGCGGUUGUAUUAAUAAUUGGAUUGUAUUACAACCUCACUGGAAGAGGAUCAAGGUUUGACAUUGGAUGGUUUCUUGGAACAGCGUCCCCUUUCUUGUGGGCAUGUACAGGAACUGGUCUGGCCAUCUCUCUCUCUGUCGUGGGUGCUGCAUGGGGAAUAUACACAACAGGCACAAGUAUUUCUGGAGGUGGAGUGAAAGCACCACGCAUCAAAACUAAGAACCUCAUCAGCAUCAUAUUCUGUGAAGCCGUGGCUAUCUACGGUAUUAUCAUGGCCAUUGUGAUCAGCACAAACCUGACAGAUGUCGACAUGUCUCGGUUUAAUGUUGCAGACGAAAAAGACCGUGAAAUAAUAUCUAGAAAUCUUCAUGCUGGUUUCAUGAUGUUUGGGGCUGGUCUGACCGUCGGCCUGUGUAACCUGGCGUGUGGAGUCUGUGUUGGAAUCGUCGGGUCCGGAGCCGCCCUGGCUGAUGCCGCAAACUCAAGCUUGUUUGUUAAAAUUCUAAUUAUAGAAAUUUUCGGAAGUGCCAUCGGACUGUUUGGCCUCAUUGUUGCUAUUUUGCAGACAUCCAAAGCAACAAUGGAAGCCGCAAAGACCACUUAAAAUUAAUUUGGAGUUGUUUAAUGAAGAAUAGAUCUUAAUAAAAGUUGUGUACUUA